AACAGGUUUUCAAUACUUCAAUCCCUAUAGGCUGUGGUUAUGAGUUAGGAGUGAAGUUGGGAUUCUUUUAGGGACUCUGUAUUGGCCAUGGAACAGCUCGAAGUUUAUUGGGAUAGUUCCAUCCAUUGGAAACCGUCUCCAAUAGUAGCUUUAGCUACCAGCAUCGAUGACUCACAGGUCGCUGCAGCUCGUGAAGAUGGUUCUCUCGAGAUUUGGCUCGUCUCCCCUGGCUCCGUUGGGUGGCACUGUCAGCUGAGAAUCCAUGGAAACCCUAACUCAAGAGUAUCAUCCCUCGUUUGGUGCCGUUCCGGUUCGAAAAGUAUCCCUUCGGGACGGUUGCUGUCGUCAAGUAUCGACGGGACAAUCUCAGAGUGGGAUUUUUUUAAUUUGAAGCAAAAGAUCGUGUUAGAUACGAUCGGGGUGUCGAUUUGGCAAAUGGCUGUAGAACUGUUUGAUGAUUCAAUACUUUCUAGGCAACAUGAUUCUCAUCUUGCAGUCAAUGGAUAUGCAAAUGAUAAGGUUAAUAGUCACAAUGAUCAUGAAACUAGUGAUAGUGAAGAUGGCGAUGAUGAAGACGAUGACUCUAUUAAGCUUCAUUUGCAAUCAAUUUCUCAAAAUCAACGUUUAGCUGUUGGCUGUGAUGAUGGUUGUGUGCGAUUGUAUAAUGUUUCUGAUACGGAUGGUAUAACUUACAAUAGGUCAUUGCCUAGGGUUAGUGGGCGUGUUUUAAGUGUUGCGUGGAGUCUUGAUGCAAGACAAAUAUUUUCUGGAAGUAGUGAUGGGUUUAUUCGGUGCUGGGAUGCUGAAUCAGCUCAUGAGGUCUACAGGAUAACAGCUGGACUUGGAGGUUUGGGUAAUGGACGCGAUGUUUGUAUAUGGUCGUUACUUGCCCUAAGGUGUGGGACACUUGUUAGUGCAGAUAGUUCUGGUAGUGUUCAAUUUUGGGACAGCAAGCACGGUACUCUUUUCCAGGCUCAUUCUUACCAUAAGGGUGAUGUUUAUGCUUUGGCAGCAUCUCCUAGCCAUACAAGAGUGUUUUCUGCUGGUUCUGAUGGUCAGGUUAUUCUAUAUAAAUGCUCUGGUGAUACAGUUGGGUCUAGUAAUGAGAAUAACUUCCCUCCAGAAGUGAUGAAAUGGGUCUAUGUUGGUUAUCUAAGAGCUCAUACCCAUGAUAUCAGGGCUUUGACUGUGGCAGUACCCAUUUGCCGAGAAGAGCCGUUGCCUGAUGAAAGAAUAAAAAGGAUUCGUCAGCAAGAGAAGCCUCUUGAUUUCAGUUAUCGAAAGUGGGCGCAUUUGGGAGUCCCCAUGCUUAUCUCAGCUGGUGAUGACACAAAGCUCCUUGCUUACUCUAUUAGGGAGUUCACUAAGUUCUCACCACAUGAUAUCUGUCCUGCACCUCAAAGAGUGCCCAUUCAGCUGGCACCCAAUACAGAUGUUGAUGGAGCUCCUUUGCUUCUUGUCCAGUGCUCGAACUGGUUGGAUGUUUUGUACGUUCAUGUAAAUUCUGGUGCUAUCCCUAAUAGGGGUUCUCGGAGGCAUGCAACCACUGAAUUGCUUGCUCGAAUAAAGAGUAAGGCAUCUCGGAAGAUCAUUUGCAGCACAAUCUCAAAUACAGGGGUUCUAUUUGCUUAUUCCGACCAUGUGAAGCCCAGCCUGUUUCAAUUGAAGAGGUCUGGAGGUGGAAAGAAUACUUGGGCAGUAAAUAAGAGGCAACUACCUCCGGAACUACCAUUUGCCCAUUCAAUGGUUUUCAGUCCUGACUCUUCUCGCUUAAUGAUAUCGGGUCAAGAUAGAAAGAUCUAUGUUGUUGAUGUGGGAACCACAGAACUGUUGCACACUUUCACACCUUGCCGUAAGGAGGUUGAUGGGAAUUUACCACCUCGUGAUCCUCCCAUAACAAGAAUGUUUACUAGUUUAGAUGGGCAGUGGCUAGCGGCUAUCAACUGUUUUGGAGAUAUAUAUGUCUUUAAUCUGGAGACUGAAAGGCAGCACUGGUUCAUAUCUCGGUUGGAUGGGGCUUCUGUUACUGCUGGUGGUUUUCCUCCCACAAAUAACAAUGUGCUAAUUGUCACCACCUCUUCAAACCACGUCUAUGCAUUUGAUGUGGAGGCCAAACAAUUAGGAGAAUGGUCAAGGAAACACACAUUUGUUUUGCCUAGGAGAUUUCAGGAAUUUCCAGGAGAAGUUAUUGGGCUCUCCUUUGCGCCUGUCUCAAGUUCAACCUCGGUCAUUGUGUACAGCGCCAGGGCGAUGUGCUUGAUUGACUUUGGGAUGCCGGUGGAUCAAGAUGAUGAUGACAACUUGACGAAUGGUUUUGUUUCACCGUUGAAGUUGUUGCCAGAUUCUCACAACAAAUCAAUACUGAAGCGUAAGCUGAAGAAGUUUGAUAUAGAACUGAAACGAAGAAGUAGAAAGAAUUUUGACUUUAGUGCUUUCAGAGAUCCUGUUUUGUUUGUUUCACAUCUGUCAGAAAAUUCAGUUUUGGUCAUAGAAAAGCCAUGGAUGGAAGUUGUGAAGACCUUUGAUGCCCCUGUGCACAGACAUGUUUUUGGAACUUGAUUGCCCUCCUUUUGCCUACUACAUAGAUAGGUGUUUCCAGCAAGCAAAAAAAAGGGAGUCCCAACUGUUCAAGGAUCCCUUUUUAGUUCAUCUUCUUCCUCCUUUUACAAGUUUUGGCGCAUGUUGUGUAAAAUAUUCUUUAUUAGUUUUUAAUCGAAUAUGUUCCAUUA